AGGGGUUAUAGAUGCAUUUUAUAAGUAAUAGAUCUUUCCUUCAAUACAAUUGACCAACCUGCUAUCGUAUCCACGAUAUCCUUCACUACUUAUCCUACCUUUUCCAUCAUAUACCCUAGUAGUGAGCGACACUUUGCAACUAUGCCUACAGAACCCUUCCUAGACAUUAUCCUCACCAAUCAUACAGACUCCAAGUCACUCUUUGCACACGUCACAGGUCGGGAUGAACAGGGUGUUUUGAUUCUUCUCGCGGAUGGAGAGACGGUUCAUCGGCCAAAGUCGCCGUCUGAGAUACUGCAGCCCGUCGGUGCAGAUAUCGCCAUUCCCGUUGGAGGACCAGGAGCUCAAAAGAAAGUACGGAUACCGCAUAUCUUUGGAGGGCGAAUUUGGUUCUGCAAAGGCAAGCCAAUCACAUUUCUUAUCAACCCAGGGCCAGCUGUGGUUGAACCGUCUGUAACGAAUCCAACUGAUGCCAACUUUGAUGCUGAUUGGGGAUUCUGCGAGUUCACCUACAACAACGAUCAGCUGUACGUUAACGUGUCAUAUGUUGACUUCGUAAGCAUUCCGAUCGGUCUGGAGCUUGAGAACGAGGCAGGCCAAGUCACGCGUGUUCUGGGCAUGCCCAAGGAUGGGCUUGAUCAGGUCUCCGAGGGUUUGAAGCGCCAGGGCGAGAAGGACGGCGCGGGCUGGGAGAAGCUUGUGGUCAAGUCCAAGUCUGGCUCCAACCUCCGAGUGUUAAGCCCGAACGCCGGUGCAGAGUUACAUCCAGGCUUGCUGGAGAAUUACUUUGCGCCAGAGAUUGACGCGGCGUGGAAGCGCUACGAGGAAGAGGACAUCGAAAUCAACACGCAGGCAGAAUGGGGCGAUGUUAGGGGCCGCGUCCACGAUGGCAAACUAGUGUUCAAAGAUGUUGGAAAGGACAAACUUAGCUUCCACUUUAAGAAGCCAUCUACGAGAGACAUUGUGUCUUGCAGCACAGGACCGUUUGCGAGCAGCCCGGAUGUGACGCCAGCGCAGCUCAACGUCGGAGCGCGUAUUGCGGCGGCUCUGAACCGGACAACGUUAUCGGGAAAUUCCCGGCAGCCCGAGGGGGAGAGGGUCGAAGAGUAUUACUGUAAAGGAGAGGGAAAGACAAAUCACUACUCUAGAAUCUGCCAUGAGGUCACGCUUGAGGGGAAGGGUUAUGCGUUUCCGUAUGAUGAUGUUGGUGCAUCGGGGGGAGUCGAUCAGAGCGGAUUCUUGAAUGAUGGGAGACCAAAGGUCUUGACUGUUCAUGUUGGAGGACAGUAAAAGAAGCAGACUGUGAAAAUUGAGUUGAUGAUCAACAGCUGUCAUGUCUCGCCAGGUUUAUCCUAUCGAGAAAAUGAAAGGGGUCAGUCGAACGAGCCACUAAAUUAACAUGGCACCCUCAGCAGGCUUUAUCAUGUAUGUAAGACAGGCGGUUGUGGCUGUUAAUAGCAUCUGCCACAGCCGCAAUCAAGGAAUGAAAGGGUUGCAUAGUAGACUGAUGGUCUUGAAAUGUGACGUUGAGGGCCUCAAGUUUUAUUUCCGAGGUACAGGGUGACCACUGAGUCUGACUCCUGCCACUCGGAGAGUAUGCGAAUUAGGUCAUACCUUAUUGUCAAUACCAGAAAUAAAUAUUUCAUAGUGUUUCCCUCUUAUAGGGUAUACAGAUAUACAGGUCACCUCC